ACACCCAGCCCAUUGUGUUGUUCGAUCUGGCAGGAAAGCGUUAAGGUUAAUGGAAUCCGUUUCACUAAGUAUCAUGUGAAUUAGCUCCCCGACUACGCAAAGCGUGACCUUCGUACCGCGCCUUCCCAAAUACCACACGAUUGGCUACAGUUCUCCGGUUUUUAAAGGUUUCUGCUGUUAUUGGAGUAUGGACGUGUCUACGUCAGACGCAGGCUGUCUCCGACUGGUGGACUGACUGGCAGGAAAUAUUCAAUAAACAUAACCACGGAGUUUGACAUUUCAUAAAUAAGUCCGGGAUACACCACAUGUCAACAAUGAAAAGUUUAAAGAAUCGUCUGAAAAGACACGAAGUGACAAUUGAUAACAAGGACUGGUCCAAGUAUGAUGAAAGGCUGCUGAAAGUGGUGGAGAGCGGAGAGCUGGACAAAGUCACCGCCACACUGGCCAAGAAGGGUGUGGUCCCCACCAAGCUGAACCCUCAGGGCCAUUCUGCGUUCCAUGAAGCAGCGGAGAGGGGAGACGAGAGGAGCCUCAGCAUCUUCCUGACUCACGGAGCUGAUGUCAGAGCCACCAAUGGAUCAGGAAAGACCGCCCUUCACCUUGCUGCCAAGGCCGGACACACACUCUGCAUGCAGACACUACUCCAGAGUAACUGCUCCAUUGAUGCCACGGACUUGCAAGGAAGAACAGCCGUGCAUGAUGCAGUCCUGGCUGGAAGUGUCUCCAGUGUCAAACUGCUUUGCAGCCGAGGAGCAUCAAUCAAUUCUGUGGACAUGGACGGAAUUACGCCUCUGACGUUGGCAGCCCAGAUGUGCCAGGCUGGCGUGUGCCAUCUGCUUCUGGAGGCUGGUGCAGCCUUAAACCACCGGGACAAGCAAAAUAAGACUCCUCUGAUGCGGGGGUGUGAGGCUGGCAGUAAGGAGGUGGUGGAGGCGUUGCUGAAGGCCAGGGCUGAUGUCACGGCACAGGACGCCCAGGGACACGACGCCUUCCACUACGCCCGCCUGACCCAGGACCAGCAGCUCAUCAUCAUGCUCAAGAACGCCUUAGACGCUGCAUACAGAGCCAAGGAGGUGGGGAAGACUUCCCAGAGAGCGCCACAGGUGAAGCUGCCCUCCUCAGGAGUGGAGUGGACAGGCGGAGGAGGAGGAGGAGGAGGAGCGGACAUGAUGAAGGACAGAGCGCCACCAGCAGAACUUCACGCUGCUAAAGGAGGACCCCUAUUGCCAGGUGCUGUGCCCAGGCCCGCUGUCCGCCCAGGGGAAGCUUUCGUGGGGGAGGUGGAGGCGCUCCGUUGGGAGCUGAGGGAGGUGAGGAGGAGGCAGGAGGUGGCCGAAGAGGAGGCGCUGAAGUUGCGGGCGGUGCUCUCGCAGAGGGAGGCGCAGCACGAGGAGCAGAGGAGGAGCGGCGAGCUGGCCCUGCAGGAGGCCCACGGGCGCUCCUGGCAGCUGGAGGAGGCGCUGAGGGAGGUGCAGAGGAGGAUGGUGGGCUCGGAGGCGCGCGUGCGGCAGAUGCAGGCCCACCUGAUGGCCGUCAGGGAGAACGUGGUGGAGGAGCUCAGGGUCCAGCUGCACGAGGCCGCGGCCCAGAGGGAGGAGGCGCGAGGGGAGGCGGUGCGCCUCCACAGGGAGCUGAGCCUGAGCAGGAGGCGUGGGGAAGAGCAGCGCGGGAGGGAGGAGCAGCUGGCUGAGGAGGUGCAGAGGCUGCGCCAGCAGCUGGAUCGGGCGGUGAGGGACAGGAAGGAGGUGAACGCCAGGCUGGCACAGGCAGAGGUCAGUCUGAGGGGCAAGGAUCUAGACGCCACCAAGAAGCUCCUAUCGGACGCCAUGGGCAGGCAGAUCGUCAAGCUGCGGCAGGACCAGGGGACAGCCAGCCAGACCCAGGAGGUGGGCAGCAUGGCACAGAAUGCCACCCCUCCCCAAGAGACGAACGAGGAGAGCACAGAGACUCAGAGUGCCAUCUCUCCUGAUUAUAAGCCUGACGAGGCUAUGGGGGCAGGAAGCACCACCUCCCUAAGAGACGAGGAGGCCAGCAUUGAGCAAAGUGCCACUUCUCUUCUUCACGACACCCGUAAAGAGGACACAGGCGCCCCGAGCAGCACCUCUCUGCCUCUGCCGGUGAGCAGGGACUCCCAGGCCUCCGCCGAGCGCCAGGAACCUGCAGCCAUCUGGCCCCCUCCCCCUGAAGACCACGUCCCUCGCGCGGAGCACGAGGCUCUGAGGAGCGCCCUGAGCGCCAGCCUGGAGCAGGCGGAGGCGGGGGCGCAGGAGGCCCUGCGGCGGUGCCAGGGGGCCCGCGAGGAGGCCGACGGACUGCUGAGGGAGCUGCAGGAGCAGAGGGCGGAGCUGGACACCAUCCAGGAGGCGCUGCAGGCCCGCUUUGUCCCGCUGGUCGUCCUCGAGGAGAAGGAGAGGGAGCUCGCUCAGCUCAGGGAGGUGGUGCAGGAAAGGGAGAAGGCUAUGAUGGAGGAGAAGGAGAAGGCUACACUCAAGGAGAAGGA